AUGCGAAGCGCGUCGCAACGCGCCGUGACGCGCGCGAUCGAUCGCGCGAGACGAUCGCUCUCGACGGAGAAAACCCCCGCGAGCGCACUCUGGAGCUCCCCGCGUCCGGUGGACACCCCCUCGAGGGACUACGACGAAGCGCUGCGACGCGGACGCGCGCUCUACCGGGACGUCUGUCGAGAGAUUCCGUGGGUGAUGGAUAAUUACUCGAUGAAUGAGGUCACGACGGCGACAAAGCUCCGACGAGCGGUGAAAGACGUGAUGCGAGCGAAGAUUGAGGAGUUGGAGACGAAGACGAGGCCAGAAGAUCGAGCCAAUGCGUUGGAUAUCGCGUUGUGGCGCGCUCGGGAGGAGUUGAUCGCGUUGGAGGCGCAUCAUUAUCAGCGACAUCACUUGAUCACGCGCUUCGUGAACCCGCGCGCGGUGAACGCGAGCAAGGCGAAGAGGAGCGCGUUCGUGGACGACUUCUUGAGCGGUGGUCGCAUUGAAUUGCACUAA